AUGUAGACUUCCACCAGCAUCUGAAUAUGUUAAUCAAGUCUGAUAGAUCAACAAUCAACCUCGUCGAGGCUUUCAGGAACAUGAGGAUGGAUGAAGAGCAACCCCUUCAGAAUGGAGACUUGGAUCAUGAGGUUGCGGACCAGAAUGGGGAUGAGGUGCAAGGUGAUGCUCAAGAAGAGACUCUUCUGGUGGAUGCUGAUUCCGUUGAUGGUGCAGUACUCAUUAAUGGAAAUGGGACUGAAGAACAGUGGGGUAUGAAUAAUGAAGGAGAAGAAUUAGCCUAAAAGCAAUUUGUUGGACCGGUAUGAAGUUCCUAGUUUUGUUGCUGGUGAUU